GGCAGGAGAGGGGUGCAGAGCUGGGAGGAGCAGGCCUAUGAUAGCACAACCUGCUGGACACCUGGAGCCCACUGCAAACCCUGCUCAGAGCACUGGCCUCCAGCCACCUUGUGGUCAUCAAGGGCCCUCUCACCUGCACGGGUGAGUCUGUGCCCCAGCGUGAAAGGAGCAACCAUUCUAAGGGACAUACUUGGGCCAGGCACCCGAGGACCAGAACUGGGAGACAGCCUUGGACCCAGACCUGCUGCCCCUGCCCAGUGGACCCCCAGGAUCUCCCCAGGGGAAGGAAUCCAGUGGGUAUUUGGUGGGGGUGUCAUCUAUCAGCAUUUCCACAGGAAGGGUUCCCAUCAGGUGGAAGGUGCAGGAGCCAGGAAGUCCUCAAGUGAGUCCUGGUGAGCCCGGGCAUGAGACAUGGGGCCUGGGGGCUGGAAAGCUGCUUCUGGAAAUGAGAGAAUCCAGCCACGACCCUCACAGAGCAGGCCUCCCUGCUCCCGAGUGUUUGGACCUGCGGCAGCUAGGGAGAGCCCAUACGUGGACACCAAGGGUUUCUACAGCCAUGACUGGCCUGGGGCAUCUCCGUGGAAGCUUCUCCCCGGUGUGGCCCCGAGCUCCAAGAAGCCUAGUUACCGCCUGCCUGGGGACCUCUUGCCCAGCCCUUCAAGCAAGUCAGAGGCCAUUGCUAUUGCCCCAACCUUUGCAGCUGGCUGAACACCACUCAUAAGCAUCCGGAAACCAGUCCAGGGGGUUGGACUGGAUUCCUGAGAUGCAGUAAGUACAGAGAACACUUUGCUGCCUUCCUGAUUCAAUUAGACCAGGGUGGGGCCUGGGUCCCUGUGUGGAAAGCCAGGCCACUGUAGUCCCUGGGAAUUUCUCCUCUUGGUCAUGUGGAGUGGGAAGGGCCACCAGCCAGAGACAGUGAGGGGUCUGGAGCAGCCAGAGUUCUGGCUUCUUGCCACAGAGAAACCAGGUGUGGAUGGUGUUUUAAGUGCCUGCCAUUGCUAAAGGGAUGUAGAAUGGGACUCAGAAAGCCCAGCCCUGUCUUCUUCUGUGUGGCUUGUGGCCUCACUAGGGACAUUUACAUCUCUGAGGGAGAGGGAGAGGGAGAGGGAGAGGGAGGUCAUUGGGUGGUCCUGUAGGAGCAGCCUGGGGCCGCAGUGAAAAUCGAGAGCGGGGCCAAGUGCAUGGCGUGCCCCACACAGUGCCACACAUUCUGAGAGCUUCGGGGCUCAGGGACUGCCCCCAGCUCUGGGCAGAGUGAAUCCGAGAGUCUCCUCCUUGAACAAGGGCCCAGACCUAGUAGGAAAGGAGUGGACCAGGAGUGGGGCCACCAGGGUCCUGUCCAACCUGGAGCCCUUGGAGUCAGCCCAAGUCCAAACGAGUCUACUCCACGGUCCUCAUACAACCCUCGUGUGGGAAGUGUACGUGCUGAGCUGACCCGCUCCUCGAAGCCCUGCUGGACUCUGAGCAGUGUGGGCAGAGAGUUUUUACCUUUAUCCCCAGCCCAGCCUGCAGGACCCCUCCCUUCUCAGGCAGAAUGCAAGAAGCACCCUUGCUGAUCCCAUGCCCUCCAGCUCCAACCAGCCCAGCACCCACCUCUGGUUGGCUGAGAUCAGGCACGGCUUGGCCUGACCUCUGCCCCAGCCAUCACCGUGACUCUCCUUGGACCCUUGUUGGUUCACAAACUGGCCCCUGUACACAGAGAGCAAGAAGAAAGCAAAGAAGGAGGCAGGCCUCUCCAGAUCGGUAGUCCCAACGAUGCAGUGCUCUUUCAAGGCUGCGUGCUUGAAAACAACACCCACUGUGAGAAUGGAGGGCAGAGCGUAGCUUCAAGGACAGGAGAGGUGGUGAGGAGCCUCCAGCGGCCUGGGUCCAGCUCGAGGAUAACUUGUGGUCACAUCCUCUCAAUAACCUUCUCCAACACCACCCACAAGGCAUGGCUGGGACACUGCACACUGCUGAGGCUCAAAUCCCUAAGUGAGCCUCGUCCCCUUCACUCAUCCUCUCCCUCAGCUCCUGGACCAGCCUGACCUCCAGGACUGGGCCAGGAGGGAAGGCAGGAGGCAGCCAGGUAAGGAAGAAGUGAUGAGAUAGCCACGGCCAGGUGUCAGCCAAGGCCAAGACCACACACAGACGAGGUCAGAGAGACAGAGAAGAGGAGGGUGGGUCUGGACAGGCCUGGAGCCAGCACAGAGAAGCAUGGGCCCUGCGUGGGUUUAGUCAGAAGCAGAGAUGACAUCAUGUGGAGAUACCCCACGUGUGUGUACCUGGCACUGCGUACGCAUGGCCUCGAAGAAUCUGUAGCGUAGCUCUCUUUACAGAGGGGGCACUGAUGGGGAUUAGGGGUGGGCAGAGACUUGCAGGCUUCUCCCCUCCUCUUCCUCCUUCACCGCCUACCUGGCCCAACAGCUGCCCAACUUCUUCACCCUGAAAUCAUGCCCCUAGGUCUGGCCUCACCCUACUGGGGGCCCUGCAGAUCCAAGCCCAGAACUCCAUCCCAAACUGAUCCCAGCCCCUCCUCUGCUCAGGGUCCCACUGCAGCCGAACUUCCAAGGUGACCAGGUGCUCUCCGUACGCACCCCAGCCUGGCCUUGGGCUGAGCAGGGGCCUCCUGGAGGUCAGAGAUGACAGCUCAACCAGAUCAGAACCACUGACCAUGAACAGGGCCAACCAGAGCAGAAGGAAUGGGUACAGAGAGUGCCAGGGGACCCUCUGUCCCUGCCAGAGGUGUGGCUCUCCAGGUUCAACAGCCGCUCAGCGUCCUCACCCUGAAAUCAUGCCCCUAGGUCUCCUGUGGCUGGGUCUCACCCUGCUGGGGGCCCUGCAGACGCAGGCCCAGCCCUCCACUCCAAACCUGAUCCCAGCCCCUCCUCUGCUCAAGGUCCCGCUACAGCAGGACUUCCAAGAUGACCAGUUCCAGGGGAAGUGGUACGUGGUGGGCCUGUCAGGGAAUGCAGUUUCCAAAGAAGAACAAGGCAAGUUUAAGAUGUACUCCACCACCUACCAGCUGAAAGAAGACCACAGCUACAACGUCACCUCCAUCCUGUUCAGGGACCAAAACUGUGACUACUUUAUCAGAACUUUUGUUCCAAGUUUCCAACCCGGCCAGUUCAGCCUGGGCAACAUUAAGGCUUACCCUGAAGUGCAGAGCUAUACCGUGCGAGUGGUAGCCACCAACUACCGCCAGUUCGCCAUGGUGUUCUUCAAGAAGGUUUCCAAAAACAAGGAGUACUUCAAGAUCACCCUUUACGGGAGGACCAAAGAGCUGACCCCUGAGCUGAAGGAGGACUUCGUUCGCUUCUCCAAAUCCCUGGGCCUCACCGAUGACCACAUCCUCUUCCCUGUCCCAAUCGACAAGUGCAUCGAUGAGUGAACCAGUGAUGCUUCCUGUCUCUCCACCCCGACUGCUCACACACUGGCCUCUGGCCAAGGUGCUGCCCAGCUGCCCCAACCUGCCCGGAUGCCAACAAGAGAGCCAGGAGACCCAUCUCACAGUUUGGCCCACCAGCUGCUCCCCAGGCCACUCUACUGAUGGAGCCCCUCCCUUGACUGCUAAAUAAAUGCAUG